CAAGAACUCUAUGGGCUGCUUUUGUUGUGAAGUCGAAGGACCAGACGAAAAGCAUUAUUUAAAAAACUAGCAGACUUAUUGUGGUCACUCAUAAAUACUGUAUAAGCAAGAAGAGGACCAUGGUGCUUUCUGAAGGAAUGAUUAAAGAGUCCGGCCGCAGCAGCAGCACGAUGGCAGACAGAAGACAACUGUUUGCUGAACUGCGUGCACUAGAUUUGGACUCCAUCCGAUUGUCCACAUACAGAACAGCAUGCAAGCUAAGGUUUAUACAGAAGAGGUGCAAUUUGCAUCUGCUAGAUAUCUGGAAUGUUAUCGAGGUGUUUCGGGAAAACAGACUCAACACCAUGGACGUCAACACAGAGUUCUCAGUGUCGCACCUACAAGCAAUAUUGUCUACCAUCUUUUACCAGCUGAACAAGCGUCUGCCCUCAACCCAUCAGAUCAAUGUAGACCAGUCCAUCUCGUUCCUCCUCAACUUCCUGUUUGCGGCUUAUGACCCGGAAGGUGUUGGAAAAAUGUCCAUUUUUGUAGUGAAGAUGGCCCUGGCUACACUUUGUGGAGGGAAGAUUUUGGAUAAACUUCGAUAUGUUUUUUCGCAGAUAUCAGAUGCGAAUGGAGUGAUGAUAUACUCACAGUUUGACCAGUUCCUGAGGGAGGUGCUGAAACUACCCAUGACUGUGUUUGAGGGACCGUCUUUUGGGUACACUGAGCAGUCCACAAGAUCCUGCUUUCCACAAGAGAAAAAGGUCUCGCUCAACGUGUUUCUUGACACAUUCAUGUCAGAUCCUCCUCCACAGUGUCUGGUUUGGUUACCGCUGAUGCAUCGUCUGGCAAAUGUUGAGAACGUCUUCCAUCCUGUGGAGUGCUCAUACUGUCACAACCAAAGCAUGAUGGGAUUUCGUUACCGUUGCCAACAAUGUGAUAAUUACCAACUCUGCCAAGAGUGUUUCUGGAGGGGCCAUGCCUCUGGCAGCCAUAGCAACCAGCACCAGAUGAAGGAGUACAUGUCAUGGAAAUCUCCAGCUAAGAAGUUGUCAGACGCUCUCAGUAUGUCCCUGAGCUGCGCCUCCAGUCGAGAGCCUCCUUACCCGACUUUCUCCGAUACACCUGAGAAACCUCUCAACCUCAGUCAUGUCGUGCCACCCAGACCUGUGGCUGGUGGAAAUGAGUGCAUUUUUUCUCACUCCAUGCCUUCCUCAGGAAACCCUUAUUCCAGUAAAACUAGUGGUGCUCACGAUGAGGCAAAACAGAAGAAGUUGUUUUCCCGGACGACCCCGGAUCUUUUAAAAGGGAAAGGGGUUCAGUACAGCAUCGAUAUUGCGGAUAGACUCGCUGAUGAGCACAUACUUAUCGGAUUAUAUGUGAAUCUCCUCCAAAAGAACCACUCAUGUUUCCAGGAGAGCAGUAAAAACCAAGACGAUGAGCACUGCCUCAUCGCUCGUUAUGCCUCCCGAUUGGCUGCUAACGGAGCUGCAGCGAAGACCAGAGUACCAUCGGACAUCUCUCUGUGUCUGGACUCCAAUAAACAACAGAGGCAACUAAUAGCUGAGCUAGAAAACAAAAACAAGGAGAUUUUGCAAGAGAUUCAGCGUUUGAGACAACAACAUGAGGAAGCCUCCGAUCCUCCAUUAGACAAAAGCCAACAGAAUCCAACGUUAUUGGCUGAACUGAGGCUGCUCAGGCAGAGAAAAGAGGAGUUAGAGCAGAGGAUGUCAGCGCUUCAAGAAAGCCGUCGUGAACUCAUGGUGCAACUAGAGCAGCUCAUGCUGCUGUUAAAGGAAGAAGAACAAAAGCGUGCUAACCAGGGCCCUGGCUCCUCCCCUCGCUCCUCCCCCAGCCACACAGCCAACUCGUCCAUCCAGUCAGCAUCUGGCAAUAGCACACCCAUCCCCAUGCCUGUCCAAUCAACAUCUGGCAAUACCACACCCAGUCAAACACCUCAGGACUCACUCAUGGGCCUGGGAGGAGAGGUGCAGCAGGCCUUCGCUCAGGGCUCCAGAAGAAACUUAAGAAAUGACCUCCUGGUAGCUGCAGACUCCAUCACCAACACAAUGUCAUCACUUGUGAAAGAACUUAACUCGGAGGUGGGGAGUGAAACGGACAGCAUCAGUGACCUGGCGUUCUCAACAACAGAUGUUCUCAACACACAGACGGGUUCCUCAAGAACAGGGUGACUUUACAAGAAUAGCUGCAUUUUCAUAAGCAAUGGGAGAGUGAACUACACUGAAGCACUGUGCAGUAACCAGACCUGAGCUGGAUUAUACAACAUUUCUGAAAAGCGUCAAUUCAAACCAAUACUGUGGUACACAACCCAAUCUAUAAAUAUAGAAAUAUAUUUUUAGAAUCUACAAAAUGUUUUAAGACAUGGACAUUACAAACAAUGGAACUGUCUACAACACCGCCAGUGCCAUAAAAUCCACUGAUUUUGAGAUUUGUUUCAUUUAUUUGGUGUUAAUGUGAUCUUUUCAUAUGUAUCUGUUCAAAGUACUGUAUUUGAAUAUCUGUCGGCAAAAUGGGCGUGGUCUUUAAUGAAGCUGCUAUCUUUACAAAUGACAUCUUUCAUUACACUUUAAGAGCAGAAUUCCCAGAUCUUUUUUUUUAAAGGUCUUUUAAAAAAUAUAAAAUAUUAGGCAUAUGUUGUAGCUUUGAUUACUAAUUGACAGUUAAAUGAUUUGAGAUUUUAUCAUAGCCUUUGAUACACAAAUUAAUUCACUGCCUUAGCUUAUAAGACUGCAUUUGUUUUUUAUUAGGUGGGUAGGUAUGUGUACUUUAUUGAAAUUGACUUAUUUCAAAGACAAGAAAAGUCCAGAAAUGGGUGAAUCUCACAAAAAAAAAAAAAAAAAAAAAAUGUUUGUCACAUUUCACCCCAAAAUCAAAAGAAAUAAAAUAAUAAAUUGUAUUUUGCAUAAAGAAAAUAAGCCUAUUUUUUAGGACCAUUACAAUGUUUUGCAUUGCAACGUUAUUUACCUUGAAAAAUUCUCAUUACCGUAAUGCUUUAUAACAUAAAACCAGAUUUUUGUUAAAGCCUUUAUUUUUCAAUGGUGAUUCUUAAUACUGUAAUUCAGCAUUUUUUACUGUAUUGCAGCAAAAUACUGUAAUGCAAUGAUUUUAAAGUUGUUACAAAUGUUACUAUGAUGUUAGUUUUUUUGGGGGGCUGGAAAAUAUUCUUAAUUUUAAUUAAAAUAAUAUCACAAUGUAACAAAAUAAUAAUGUUAAAAAAAUACGCUUUUAAAAGUUAUUUUAAAAUAUUUUAAAUAUACCCUUUUUUCUUUUGAUUUUGGGCUGAAAUAUGACCAGGACAUGUUUUAACAGGUUUCAUGUGACUCACCCCAAUAAAACUUUGCACCUCUACAUUCAAUAAGUCAUCCUUUGACUCUGAAGAGCACACAUUAUAUUUACCAUGCUCUAUUAUUUAACAAAGUUUUAAUGUUUCAAGGCAAAAUUAAAUAUGUUGAGGUUAACUUGAUAUGCACAUCUUACAAUAUGUGACGCUACUGAAACUAAAUGUGCUGUUAUGUUAUUCAAAAAUUGUCAAGAUGCCUUUUGGAAAUGCAUUUUAAAUAAUAUUUUGGUGUAUGAUAUGCUGAGCUGCAACAUAAUUAUCAUGUUUGGAUUGAAUUUGACAGCGAGUAUGAAUUGCUGAAACUUCUGCUGUCACAUUGUGAACUUUGGUUACUUGUGUUUUUUCAGGCAGGCAGUUAUAAAUCAGUACAAAAACAAAAAGAGCACCCAUGCCCUGCUGCAAACAUUGCACUUUUCAGUGAUUUUGCAUGGUACUAAACAAAUAUAUAUAAGCAUAAUACAUUGUACAGGUGUUUAGAAUCUGUAUCCAUAAAAUAAUAUUUAAAGUUUCUGUCUUUCUAUGUCUUAGAGUUUGCCACAGUAAAUCCCUAAUUUCAGGUUUUUUGCAAUCUGUCAAUGAUGGUCUAUGUUGAUGCAAUAUAUUGAAUAUCCACUAGAUGUCGUUGAGGAACAACUAGCUAACUGUGCUCUUCUCAUUGGACAUUUGAGAAAACUGUCAGGCUGAAAUUUGCAUUGUUAGGGGUUGAUCAGGUCAGGAAAAUGUGGCACAUGCAAAGCUACCAUUGUUAGUCAAACUGUUUUACACUGGUGAGCCAAAACAUUAUGACAACCUGCCUAAUAUGCUGUUGGUCCACCGUGUGCUGCCAAAACAGCACCGACCCGCCGAUGCAUGGACUCUACAAGACUCCUGAAGGUGUCCUGUAGUAUCUGGCACCAAGACAUUAGCAGCAGAUCCUACAAGUCCUGUAAGUUGCGAGGUGGAGUCGCCAUAGAUCGGACUUGUUGGUCCAGCACAUCCCACAGAUGCUCAAUCGGAUUGAGAUCUGUGGAAUUUGGAGGCCAGGGCAACACCCUGAACUCUUCAUAUGUUCCUCAAACCAUUCCCGAACAAUGUAUGCAGUGUUGCAGGGCAUGUUAUCCUGCUGAAAGAGGCCACUGCCAUCAGGGAAUAAGAUUGCCAUGAAGGGGUGUACCUGGUCUGCAACGAUGUUUAGGUAGGUGGCACGUGUCAAAUUGAUGUCCAGAUGAAUGGCCGGACCCAGGAUUUCUCGGCAGAACAUUGCCCUGAGCAUCACACUCCCUCCACCGGCUUGUAGUCUUCCCACAGUGCAUCCUGGUGCCAUCACUUCCCCAGGUAAACGGCGCACACUUACACGACCGUCCAUGUGAUGACAAAGUAAACAGGACUCACCGGACCAGGCGAACUUCUUCCACUGCUCCAAGGUCCAGUUCUGACGCUCACGUGCCCUUUGUAGGCGCUUUCGACGGUGGACAGGGGUCAUCAUGGGCAGUCUGACCACACUGUGUGUUGUGACACAUUCCUCCCGUAAGCAUCAUUAAAAUCGGUUAAGACCAGACGGGAUAGCAUUCUUUGCUCUCGCGCAUCAAUAAGCCUUGGGCACCCAACACCCUGUCACCGGUUUGUGGUUUGUCCCUCCUCGGACCACUGUCUGUAGGUACUCACCACUGCUGACCGGGAGCACCCCACAAGCCUUGCCUUUUCAGAGAUGCUCUGACCAGUUAGUCUGGCCAUAACAAUUUGGUCCUUGUCAAAGUCGCUUAGGUCUUUAAUCCUGCAUUCAGCACUUCCCCUGAGUCUCAGUGUGCACACUAUCCACCCUAAAUAGUUUAAGAGAUAAGAAUGAGCAUGUCUCAAAUGGUAUUGGGGGAGAGUGUGACACUUUUUGGUUUUCUUAAGUUUGUGUAAAUGCACUUGGGGAUCAAAGUAUUUUUAUUAUUUCACAUGAAUUAUGCACGUGUCUGGUACAAAUAUGUGGUCUUCUUUCAUGAAUAUAUCGUAAACUUUUUUCACGAUCUACCUCGAAAAAGGAAAGUAAAAUGUUACAAUGUGCCCCAUAACAGCUGAGGGGCACAUUGUAACAUGACUACAUGAAAGCUUAAAAUCCCUCUCUAACAACUGUGUAUGAUCUAAUUCAAAUAAAUAGAAGAUAUAGUAAAAUAUGAUGUCAAUAAAUGGGAAUUAUGUAUAUUACAUAUCUGACUGCAUUGAAGUGCAUAAUGUGCCCCAUCAGCGCAACUGGUAUUUAAACCUGGCUGGUCACUUCUGCUGGCAAGCUAAGUAUUAAAGCAAAUAACAACAUAUAACAAUAACCACAGAUUGCAGAAUAAAACGAUACCAAGUUGGCCUUGUUUUAAAUAAACACUAAAAGCAGAGGUGAAAAUUAACUUUCGAGUGAAUUUUAACUUUUGCUACUUUAAAAUUAACUUUUGGCGACAUCUUCCAAAGGUUUUUGAAUUUUGCCGCAAUUUUUUUCACACUAUUUCCGGUAGAUUUGCGAAGUGUGGAUUAGUGCACGCUUUUUCGGCCCGUGGUACAUAGGGGCCUCUAUUUGUUCCUGACAGGCAGCAGAUGCCGUCACCCCGCCCCCACCCUAAUCCUAACCAUUUGGAGCCUGUAAGGCUGAAUACCCUGCA